AUGCAUCAGCCCGGCCCACAGAGGGAAAAGGGAGGGGAAGCUGGCGAAGUGCAGCCGCAGGCCCGGUCGCCGCCCCGGAACGGCGCCGCCGCCUGGGGAGGGGUGGGCAACGGCUGGCGUCGAGUCGAGACUCCCUCGGGCCGCGCCGUCCCGCUCUACCAGCCCCGGAAAAAUACCGAAUCUAGGAGCCGGGAACCAGCUCCAGAGGCCACCGCCACUGCGCUCCACAGCCCCCAGACCCCGGCUGACGUCAUACGUGACGCUGCGGCGGGCGGGAGCGGGGACGGCGCAGGAGGGCGUUUCCGGAGCACGCGCCCGGCGAGGGCCGCUGACGUCGGGCUCAGGUGCGCGCGCUUGCCCGCCCGCCCGAGCGCCGCCCAGGUGGCGGCCCGCAGCGCCAGGUGGCGGCCGGCAGCGGGCCGCUGCGAGAGGGUGAGAGUCCGCGCCUCCGAGGGAGCCGCCCCCGCCUCGGCCCGCGCCCUGCGGGGCCCCACCGCACCGGAGGGGAUGGAGAGCCGGCCCCGAGGCCCCAGCUCGGCCCGCGAUCCCACGCUGGCCGGCCCUCGUUAGCUGCUCGAAUUGUGCGUUUUACCCACCACCUUAGGCCUUGUCUCCUGAGUCUGUGGCGUUUGCGGUUUGAAAGAAAUGGAAGAAAAGGAGCGAUGUGACCAAUUCCGUUCAGUCCUCCUGCAUUGAGGCCUGGUUGGCAUUUGCAGAGAGGAAAAUACGGCAAGAAAAUUGUGGGUUUUGUUUUG